UCUCCCCACAACAAAUCGUUCAUGGAAUGUGCUGGUGUCGCUGACACACCAAUCGUCAUCAGCCACAAACAAUCGUCCGCCGCCAAUCUCGGGGCCCAUCCUGCUCAAAGAUUGAACCUGGAUGGCACGCAGCUCCCCUUCUCCACUCGCUCGUCUCAUCGCCUCUGCCAUAUCCGAUAUGCAAUUCCACUCGCUUUCCAUCUCCCGCUGGCUCGUUGCCGUCGCUGUGCUCUGCUCCGCUACCGCUACCGUCUGGGCCCAGCCCCACGAAUAUCCCAACAUCCAGUCUCUGGUCGGCAAGAAGCUUCUCCAGCCUGCCCAGAGCCCCGACGAUCUGAUCGCACAGGGCUUUGCCAGGGACCAGCUUGUCUCGGUCGACAGCUUGCCUCCCAAAUACCGAAUCCUGCUUCCCAACUCGGUCGUUACGAUGGACUACUGGGCCGACAGAGCCAACAUUCACAUCGAUAACAACUGGUACAUCACCUCCAUUGUUUGGGGAUGAGUCCGGACAGGGUCUGUCCCAUCACCCGCAACAGCCAAGAAAUGUCCCUUCCUCCACGUUUCUUUCUCGUGGAUGGUUGUGGCUCGCGUCCAAUCCAUGCACCGCUUUCUGUCAUCGACAUGCCGCAUUCCUAUCGCCACGCUCUUAUUGAUGGUACCGAUAUCCUGGCA